GCUUGGCUGCUGCCUGCUGGCCUCUGGCUGGCUCCUGCUCCGGAGAGAGAGAGAGAGAGAGAGGCUGCGAGGAAGUGGCCCAGGAAGGCAAGGCAAGGCAAGGCAAGGCAGCAGCAGGAGGAGGAGGAGGAGGAGGACCAUUCCUCCCAGUCUGCCUUCCUGGAGAGGAAGAGGAGAGCCUUCAGGAGGUCAUAGCUGCUGCUAUUGAAAAUGUCCAAUAAUGGGCUAGAAGCGGAAGAUAAGCCACCUGCUCCUCCGAUGAGGAACACCAGCACCAUGAUCAGCACCAGCGGCAAAGACGUGGGAACCUUAAAUCAUGGCUCAAAACCUUUGCCUCCCAAUCCAGAAGAAAAGAAAAAGAGGGACCGCUUCUAUCGUUCCAUCCUUCCAGGAGAUAAAACCAAUAAAAAAAAGGAGAAAGAGCGACCUGAGAUCUCCCUGCCUUCAGACUUCGAACACACGAUUCAUGUUGGAUUUGAUGCUGUCACUGGUGAAUUCACGGGUAUGCCAGAGCAAUGGGCCCGCUUGCUGCAAACCUCCAAUAUUACCAAAUCAGAACAGAAGAAGAACCCCCAAGCGGUACUUGAUGUGCUUGAAUUCUACAAUUCCAAGAAGACCUCCAACAGCCAAAAAUAUAUGAGCUUCACUGAUAAAUCUGUUGAAGAUUAUAAUUCUUCCAAUACACUGAAUGUAAAGGCAGUGUCUGAGACUCCUGCUGUUCCUCCGGUUUCAGAAGAUGAGGAUGAUGAGGAUGAUGCAGCUCCUCCCCCAAUCAUUGCCCCCCGGCCUGAGCACACAAAAUCCAUAUAUACCCGCUCAGUGAUAGAACCCCUUCCACCAGCCCCAACAAGAGAUGUGGCCACCUCUCCGCUCCCUUCCCCUUCAGACAACAACACAACACCCCCAGAUACGCUGGCAAGGAAUGUGGAGAAACAGAAGAAGAAACCCAAAAUGACCGACGAAGAGAUCUUGGAAAAAUUAAGAGGCAUAGUAAGUGUGGGUGACCCAAAGAAGAAAUAUACCAGUUUUGAGAAGAUUGGACAAGGCGCUUCAGGUACUGUUUACACAGCAAUGGAUGUAGCUACAGGGCAAGAGGUUGCUAUCAAACAAAUGAACUUGCAGCAGCAGCCCAAGAAAGAGCUGAUCAUUAAUGAAAUUCUCGUCAUGAGGGAAAACAAGAACCCCAACAUCGUCAACUAUCUGGACAGUUACCUCGUGGGGGACGAACUGUGGGUAGUCAUGGAGUAUUUGGCAGGCGGGUCAUUGACAGACGUGGUGACAGAGACCUGCAUGGAUGAAGGACAAAUAGCUGCCGUGUGUCGAGAGUGUCUUCAAGCUUUGGAAUUUCUCCAUUCCAACCAGGUUAUCCACAGGGAUAUCAAAAGUGACAAUAUCCUCCUAGGGAUGGAUGGCUCAGUCAAGCUAACCGAUUUCGGUUUCUGUGCUCAGAUCACUCCAGAGCAGAGCAAACGCAGCACCAUGGUGGGGACACCAUAUUGGAUGGCACCUGAGGUGGUGACAAGGAAGGCCUAUGGGCCCAAGGUGGACAUCUGGUCACUGGGGAUAAUGGCCAUUGAAAUGAUUGAGGGGGAGCCUCCGUAUCUCAAUGAGAAUCCCUUGAGGGCUUUGUAUCUCAUUGCUACCAAUGGCACGCCAGAGCUGCAGAAUCCAGAGAAGCUUUCGCCCAUAUUUAGAGACUUCCUUAAUCGCUGCCUUGAGAUGGAUGUGGAGAAAAGGGGGUCUGCUAAGGAACUCCUUCAGCACCAGUUCCUGAAGAUUGCCAAACCAUUGUCCAGCCUGACUCCUCUGAUUAUUGCAGCAAAAGAGGCAGCAAGAAACAACCACUGAAGCGUUCCAUGUGGCUGUUAUCAUUGUGCCAAGCCUUCUUGUUUUAAAUUUUAUUUUCUUAAAAAAGCUUCAGAGAGCUUGACUGUUAGGACUUUUACCAUACUCAGAGGAUUUUUAAUUCAGCAAGACUGGGAUCAUGAAAACAUUUUAUGCCAGAAUCAUAAAAGUGGACGUGAACAUCACCUCCCUAUUUGGGAUGGGAGAGAAUUUGUACAUUUUCAAGGGCCACAAAGAGAACGCCUGAUCUCAGCCAACAUGUUGGCAUGCCAGUAUGUUUUUUAAUGUGUUGAUUUAAGAAUCAGGUGGGGAGUGGGGGAAUACCUGGAGCCUUUUAGGCAAUGUCUUUGCUAAUGAGUUCUUACAAUCUGGAAUAUGUGAGAACCCUGUUCUUAAACUACUGAAAGACUGGCACAGUUUGGAUUACUUGAAACCUAGGAUAGGCAAACCGGAAAACCUGGACAGUUUUUAUAAUCUCAGAGAGAAGCAGAGUUUCUUGCUCUGAACGAUCAGAUAUUUGGACUUGUCUGCAUGCAACCAGAGAAGAUACUGAAAUAGUUAGAAUGAGCCCCCCAUUGUCUGUCAGAAGGAAGAUUACACUUAGCAAUUGUCACCAUCCUGCGUGUUCAAUUUUUGUAUGUGUGUGUGAAACGAAUGGCGUACUGAUUAAAUUCACAUUGCUGUUUCCACC